AUGUGGUACCUACCCAUUAAAGACAGGUUAAAAAGAUUAUACCAAUCGGAGAGGACUGCUGCAUGGAUGAGGUGGCAUGCUGAACAUGUCCAGAAGGAUGGCGAGGUCGCUCACCCAUCAGAUGCAAGGGCGUGGAAACAUUUCAACAAGGUAUACCCAGAUUUCGCUGAAAAUAUUCGGAAUGUCUAUCUUGGGUUAUGCACCGAUGGAUUUAGUCCAUUUGGUAUGUCUGGGAGACAGUAUUCUUUGUGGCCAGUUAUUCUUACGCCGUACAACCUGCCGCCGGACAUGUGUAUGGAACAAGAAUUUCUAUUCUUAACCAUAUUAAUCCCUGGGUCGAAGCAUCCAAAACGGUCGUUGGAUGUAUUUCUUCAACCACUGAUACAGGAGCUAAAGGAGUUGUGGUCAGAAGGGGUAAGAACUUAUGAUUGUUCCACGAAAACCAAUUUUACGAUGCGAGCAGUUCUGCUGUGGACGAUAAGUGACUUUCCUGCUUAUGGAAUGUUGUCUGGCUGGACAACUCAUGGAAGAAGAAAUAAGACAUUGUUUAGGAAAAACAAAGUUGUCAGAGACAGUCCUCCUCCAUAUCUCACAGGCCAGCAGAUCGAGGAGGAUAUUGAUUAUUACGGAGCUCAGAAAACUGUGAAGAAAGGAGGAAACUGGCAUGUUCCUGGUAAUAUGCCUGAUGGGUAUGGGAUAUCUCACAAUUGGCAUAAGAAAAGUAUAUUUUGGGAGCUAACUUACUGGAAAGAUCUUCUUUUACGCCACAACCUGGAUGUGAUGCAUAUAGAGAAGAACUUUUUUGACAACAUCAUGAAUACAAUACUGAACGUCCCAGGGAAGACAAAAGAUAACAAAAAGUCAAGGAUGGACUUACCCGAUAUUUGCUCAAGAAGUGAGUUACAUAUCAAGAGCAAUGGAAAUGUUCCUGUUCCCAUCUUUCGAUUGUCAUCAGAAGCGAAGUCAACUUUGUUUGACUGGGUUGCAUCAGAAGUGAAGUUUCCUGAUGGUUACGUUUCAAAUCUGUCAAGAUGUGUUGAACGAGGUCAAAAGUUCUCAGGAAUGAAGAGUCAUGAUUGUCAUGUGUUUAUGCAACGACUACUUCCAUUCGCUUUUGCUGAGCUCCUUCCAACAAAUGUACAUGAAGCACUUGCAGCGAUCGGAGCUUUCUUCAGAGACCUUAGCACACGUACGUUCAAGGAAGAAGUCAUCGAACAACUUCAUGAGAACAUCCCGAUCAUAGUGUGCAACCUAGAGAAGAUAUUUCCUCCAUCAUUUUUUGACGUCAUGGAACAUCUAGUUGUCCACCUCCCGUACGAAGCAUUACUUCGCGGACCUGUUCACAAUGGAUGGAUGUAUCCAUAUGAGCGCUCUAUGAAACAUUUGAAGGGGAAAGCAAGAAAUCUUGCAAAGGUGGAAGGUUCGAUUGUGGCUGGAAGUUUGACAGCAGAAACAUCUAACUUCACAUCAUACUACUUUGCUUCAACGGUUCGUACGAGGAAAAGAGUUCCUAGAAGAUAUGAUGAUGGUGGAGUACCGCAAUCUUAUGCAGUAGACGGUGUUCCUGACAUUUUCUGCCAAAUUGGACGGUUUGGUGGUAAACUGAGAGAAGUAUGGUGGUCCAGUGAUGAGGAUAAGCAUAGUGCCCACACUUAUAUUCUGCUCAACUGCGAGGAUGUUGUGAUGCGUUCUUUUGAAAGCUUGUUUGUAUCUCAAGUUGAAGAAGCAAUACCAGGAAUAUCCGGAACCGAGGUGGAUGCAAGGAAAGAUAAGCACUUUGUCAAGUGGUUAAAAGGACAGGUUGAUUAUGACGAUCCAUAUUAUCCUGUAUGGUUUCAUGAUUUGAUCCAAGGUCCAGUAGCAAAGGUCACCACAUCAUCUAUGUACUUCACACGAGGUUUCACUUUUCAUACAUAUGAGUAUGGGAGACGUCGGGCAACAAGCAACUACGGAAUAUGUGUGAAAGAUCUUCCCGAAGAUGUGACGGAUGAAGCACGUGAAGAUGAGUUCGAUAGAAGCGAUGAUGAUCAUUGUAGUGAUGUUGAUGAGAACUCAAAUGAUUCUUCAUGA